AUGAAGUUUCUGAACCCAAUCGCUGUUAUACUCUCACUUGUCUCGUCUAUCGCCCCUGUUGGGGCGGCAGAGGCUACAGCUAUUGAAACCAGUCAUCUGAGGGGGGAGGAGGUCGAAUACAAAGGAUUAACUUUAUACAUCUCGAAGCCGCACAAAUCACUUGGCUACAAGAAGCCAGGAAGUAGGACUGGCGUGCUAUUUUUGACAGACAUUUACGGUCUCAAACUUAAAGAGAACAAAGAAUUAGCCGACAACUUUGCCAAAGAGGGCUACGUCACAGUCAUGCCAGAUCUCUUCAAAGGUUCACCGGCACCAAUUGAGGAGACUGCCGGUUUCAAUGUGACAGAGUUCCUCGCCAAGUACCCCCCAAGUGUGACCGAUCCAGUCGUCGCCAAAGCAAUCAAGUAUCUUCGUCAAGAACUCAAAGUCAACAAGGUUGCUGUCAGUGGCUAUUGUUAUGGCGGAAGAUAUGUUUUCAGGGAACUUAAAAGCAAGGGUGGAGCAGAUGUUGGUUUCACGGCGCAUCCUAGUUUAUUGCAGACUGAGGAGAUUCAGGCUGUUACGAAACCCGUCUCCAUUGCUGGUGCUGCCGAUGAUAAUAUCUUUCCUCAGCCGAGGCAAGCAGAGACAAACGCUAUCCUCACAAAGAUAGGAAAGCCGUUUUCUUCAACUUUGUACAGUGGAACAACUCAUGGAUUUGCGAUUCGUGCGAAUCUUUCAGAUCCGCAGCAGGCUUUUGCCAAAACAGAAGCAUUCUACCAGGCUGUUCGUUUUUUUGAAGCUUGGGACUAG